UUUCUCGUCAGAUUAGGGGCGUAGAAAAAAGAAAGAGCAACACUUCCCAAACAGCACGCCGCGAAUGAUCCUCCAACUCCCGGCUGUGCUCCAGAAAAUCCCCCCGGAGAUCAGCACUCACCUGCGGCUGCGACGUGCGCUCUACCUGUCUGUCCGUGUGGAGCCGCCAUCACAGUGUGUUGAAUCGCUGCUUCAAAGAUGGCGGUGAUGACGGCGAGUACAGUCAACUACCUGUGGUCACUACAGGACAUACUCGGGCAGGGAGCUACGGCCAGCGUCUAUAAGGCUCGCAACAAGCGGACCGGGGAGCUGGUGGCGGUGAAAGUGUUUAAUGUGGUCAGUUAUAAUCGCCCACACGAGGUCCAGAUGAGAGAGUUUGAAAUGCUCCGGAAACUCAACCACAACAACAUCAUCAGACUGCACGCCGUGGAGGAGUUGCCGUCCAAGCAGAAGGUUCUGGUGAUGGAGUAUUGUCCUGGAGGUAGUCUGCUGAGUUUACUGGAGGAUCCAGAGAACGCCUUUGGUCUGGCUGAAGCAGAGUUCCUCACUGUGCUGCAGUGUGUAGUGCAGGGCAUGAACCAUCUGCGUGAGAAUGGCGUGGUGCACAGGGACAUUAAACCUGGGAACAUCAUUCGUCAGGUGGGAGAGGACGGACGCUCCAUUUACAAACUGACCGACUUCGGCGCCGCGCGAGAACUGGAGGACGACGAGAAAUUCAUGUCCAUCUACGGCACAGAGGAAUAUCUGCACCCAGACAUGUACGAGCGCGCCGUCCUCAGAAAGCCUCAUCAGAAAUCGUACGGCGUGAACGUGGAUCUGUGGAGCAUCGGGGUGACGUUUUACCACGCGGCCACCGGGACCCUCCCCUUUAUGCCCUACGGAGGACCACGCAGAAACAAGCCCACCAUGUACAAAAUCACCACAGAGAAGCCCACAGGAGCCAUAGCCGGAGUGCAGCGGGUGGAGGCAGGGCCCAUCGAGUGGAGCUACCAGCUUCCCCACAGCUGCAGACUCUCACAGGGUCUGAGGGUGCAGCUGGUCCCUGUCCUGGCUGGAGUCCUGGAGGCUGAUCAGGACAAGUGCUGGGGGUUUGAUCAGUUUUUCACGGCAACCACAAACAUUCUCCAGAGACUCCCCGUGCAUGUGUUCUGUCUGCAGCAGGCCUCUGAACACUGCGUCUACAUACACCACUACAGCACAGUGUCUGUGUUCCUGGAGGAGUUGAGCUCUCAGACCGCAGUACCUCCUCAGCAGCAGCUCGUACUGCACCUGGGACACGAGCUGCCGCUAGAGGGCAGCAUGAAGGCGGUCAAUCUGCCCCACACGUCCCCACAGCGCCCCCUCCUGCUGCUCAGCUACAGCCCCAUCAGCAACCCCAGCCUGCCCUUCAGAGAGCCUGAGUCUCCAGUCAUCCCAUCUAAAUUUGACGUUUUUGCAGACUACACUUUUACAAAGGUGAUAGUCGGAGUUGUUCAUCAGUAUCUUCGAAUAGUGAAAAUGCUGCACUUACAUCGAGAUCUGCUAUUACAAGGAUAUUACUGCUAUAUAAUGAAGUUACGAGGGGAGUGUAAAGAAGCCAUGUACAGUAUUUCAAAGAUCACCUUAAGAUUGCAAUCCUGUUUUAACGUCGAACAAAGAAUACAUGCACUUGGCUUCAAUGUAGAUUCUGCAGACACCAGUCAAAAGCUUCACCAGGUCCAUGAGCACUUGCCCAUUUACUCGUCUGGGAUCCAGGAGUUCCAGGACAGACUGGACCAUCUCCUGAUCGAACAGGCCAAACACUCAGAGAUACUGGACAAUGACAAGAGUGUUCAGAAAAUGGAGAUGCUGCUGCAGAAGAUUGUGACUGUCCACCAACAGUACAGAAAGGACAGGAUGAUCGGAAAGUUGCCAUAUAACGACGAGCAGAUCCACAAGUUUGAAAAAAUCCAACUGGCCUCCAACAUAAAGAAAGUGAAGGUGCUGUUCAGAGAAGACUGUGUGCUGAAAUACAGGGAGCUGCAGGCGGCCACAAAAACAUGGAGCAGCGUACUUCAGGAGAUGCAGAUCCGUCUGCAGGACUUCCACUCGUUCUCCUCUGGACUUUUGGCCGAUCUGGAGAUGUCUGAGAAGAAACAGUACAAGAGUUUAGAUAGAUCCAUCUUUUCGCUCCACUCAGAUAAAUCUUUGCAUCUGACUGGCAUCGCAACAAAAGACAAGGACCAAAUGGUUUCCAGGAUGCACCAGCUCAAGGAUGAGAUGGAGAUUUUGGUGCGAGAACUACAGUGCAACAACAACAUCAUCGAGAGUUUGGGAGCCAUGACGUCUGCGGGACCUGACGGCAGACCCUCCACACUCUGACCUACGCGUUUGACCUAACAUGGACACAAUAGUUUUACCCACUUUCCUCGCUGCGUCCUCUAUAAGAAGAAGGAGCCUGGGAUCACUUACAGACUAUAACAUUACCACAGGAAGCGUCCACAUUCGAUCGAUGAAAUGUGAGUUUGAAGACGCACAGAACAGCGCAGGAGGAAAUGGUUAGUGGACUAUAGCAACUCAAUAGUAACCUCAUUACAGCUGUAUGCUUCUCUAAUGGGAGCGUGGACGGAUGAACUAUGGAGAUAUGGAGUUUGAAGACUUUCUUUUACUGUGACUCAGCUAUUUUUUUGUGCCGUAUAUGUUUAGGGCUGCGCAAUAUCUCGUAGAAAUGUCAAUACUGAUACUUUGCAGUGUUGGGAGUGUUCUACAUGUAUGUCUAUGGCGGAAUGUUCAAUAGUUUCCAUGAUGACUCAGUGCACUUAUGAGCAAAGAUGUUUUAAAUUGUCUGAAACUCAAGAAAAACUACAACGUGGAUUUACAUUUUUUAGUACAUUUUCAGGAACCUGUGAUCAGUACAAAUGUUCAAGAUUUCUAGUAAAAUACUGUAGGUGAAAAUGAUUAACUGAAAAGCUUUUGACUCAUUUUCAAAAAGGACUUCUUUAACAGUACAAAAUCAUCUCACUGUAGUGUAGUUCCAGCUAAGAUGGUUCUUUCUGGUCAGGUGUGUUAAAACAAAGCUCAGAUUAAAGUCUAAUUUAAGUAACAGAGCUUCAGACAGAGCAGUGCCUACAGUUAGCACCACAUCCUCAGGGAAUGCUGAUGACAAAGUAUCAAUUGUAAUAUUAGCUAAUGCAAUAAUCAACAAAGUUCUCAGUUUUACAGACAUGUACCGUAUUUUUCAGACUAUAAAUUGCUCCGGACUAUAAUUCAUACUUUUUAGAGGAAAUUUAUUUUAUAAAAUCAGAGACCAGGAACCAACAUUUCAUCUUGAAAGUCAAGUUCUAGUAAGUAACAAUAGAACAGAGAACAACAGACUGUUAACAUCACAUAUGAACAGUUCUUCAGAUAAACUAUAACAUAAACAACAGAACAGAACAAGUUUACCAAACUCUCCAUCUCACUCCAAAUCACUAAAUCCAUUGAAUUCUUCAUCCUCAGUGUCACUUCUGAACAACUCUGGAGGUAAACAGAGCACUGAUUCCUCUUCUGUGUCGCUGUCGUCAGACUCAGCAUCAGUUCCAGUUACAAUUAUUCCGGCUUUUCUGAAUCCCAACAGGAUGGUUUCGAUGUCACUGAAGUCCAGACUUUGUCCAUCCAUCCAGUGACUUCCAGGAAAGUUACAUGAUGCACCUUCCCAGUUGUCAUGAAGCUGUGUUCUCCAUCACCGCUUUCCUCCAGUGCCUCACAAGUUUCUCGCUCACUCCAAACUUUCUUUCUGCUGCUCGAUUACCUUUUUUGGCUGAAUAUUUCACUAUUAGCUGCAGGACAGAGGCUCUUUUUGCAGCAGACAUGCGCAGUAGAGUGCAAAGUAACAGUGGUACAGAAUAGGAGUAACAAAUAGUGACACACAAGCCUAGUGCGCCCUCUCGUGUCAGUGUGAACAUUUUAAUAUAUACGUCACAGGGAAAACCCAAAACAUGAAAAAAAGUGCAACUCAUAGUCUGAAAAAUACAGUACUGUUUUUGGAAAGUAAAAUGGACAAACGGCAGAUGAUUCAUGGUUUUCCUUAUUAAGCUCAUUACACUUGGUUGGUCUUGGUUUUAUCUUCAUUUUUUUUUUUUUUACCCAGUUUUGUUUUAAAUUCAGUUGUGUCAAAUGAUUGUGUUAAAAUGUUGCAAUAAUCUCAUUAUCGUAAUACUAAACAUAGUUAUCGAAAAUCACAUCUUCUCAUAUUGUGCAGCCUGAUUUUUGUUAGAUUGGAAUGAAAAUGUUGUAGAGGCGUUUUGGUUUUCAGUGUGUAUUUUAGAUCACAUCAUGAACUUUAAAGGCAGGUUGGGGUUUUUUUGUUUGUUUGUUUGUUUGUUUUUUACCAAAGAGUGUCUUUUAAAAGCUGAAUUUGUGACAAAAUCAAACCUCUGUACACUGUUUGCAUCCAAAAAAGAAAGAAGGUAAAGAAAAAAGUAAGUGAGUGUGUGCGUUUGGAAGCUUCACUUUGCUGUCUGAAAAAGUCGUUAAAUAACUGUGAAUAUGACAAAAUGUGUGUGAAUACUUGACAUGUGCAACUGGUUUCUGAGAGCGAGGAAAAAAAAAUCCCUUCCUCGUUUUACUGUUUGAAAAUCAGGUAUUCCAGGUUUAACAGGCCAAAAUCGAAAGUUCCACUCACUUGCGGUAAAUGUGUCACGGCCAGUUGACAGCACAAGAUCCGUUAAAAAUGACUUUGUUUGUAUAAAGGGGAGGCAUCGUGUUGUGUGGAAUAAAGUUACUUGUCUAUAAA